AUGGCCACCCCUGUCGAGGAGCCACGCCCGUCGCUGCGCCGCGCUAGCACGGUGCACACCAAUGAAUUCGAUGAUUCGUUUCUGGGACGGGUACGAUCGUUCUUUCGCCGGGACCCCCAUGUCGGGGUAGUCAGCCACAACGAUCUGCGUGACAGGGAGGACCUUGAGAUCCAUACCUGGAAUGGCAAGGAUGAUCCGGACAAUCCGUGCAAUGCUAACAGGUAUAGCUCCAUCCUCACUGGUAUCCCGGCCGGUUCAUACGGCUCCGGCAACAACUGGAUGGAAGAACGAUUCCACGUCCAAAACACGCCAUUUCCAAACCUUUACUGGGCCACGACAUCUUGGAACAUGGGAGCGGCCUUUUGGCCUCUUAUAUUCGUGCCCCUGACUGAAUCCUCCGGUCGCAUGCCCGGCUAUUUUGUCGCCUACAUCAUCCUCAUCAUCUCGCUGUUCCCCUCCGCCUUCGCCCAAAACUUCGCCACUCUCGUAGUAACGCGGUUUUUCGGCGGUGGUGCUUCCUCCGUAUCCAUCAACAUCGUCGGCGGUAGCAUCAGCGAUGUCUGGUACGGAGACAAAGCGCGGAGUCUCCCCAUGUCGCUCUUCGGGUUUACCAGUGUGGUUGGAAUUGCCCUGGGGCCAUUCAUUGGAUCCGCCAUCGUAGCAAUCCACAAAACUGCCCCGUGGCGCUGGAUCUUCUACAUUCAAAUCAUUUACCUAACAGGUCUCCUUCCUAUCUUCUGGUUCAUUCUGUAUGAGACCCGCGCAGACGUGAUUCUCGCCCGUCGGGCCAAGAAGCUCCGCAAAGAAAAGCAGCGCCCCAUCUACGCUGAAGCCGAGCUAGACAACACCAGCGUAUGGCGUCUGAUGCAGAUCUCCUUCGAACGGCCUACACGCAUGCUCCUCACCGAGCCUGUCGUUGCCUUCUUCACUCUCUGGAUCUCCUUUGCCUGGGGCAUCCUGUAUCUCUUCUUCAGCAGCGUCGUCCAGACCUUCUCCGCCAACUACGGCAUGAACACUCUGCAAACUGGGUGCAUUCAGCUGGCAAUCUCCGUGGGUGCGCUGAUCGGCACUCUUGUCAAUCCUCUACAGGACAUGCUGUAUCUGAAGUCGGCGAGACGCAACACAGAGAAGCCGGGAAAACCUAUUCCGGAGGCUCGGUUGUAUACUAGUAUCAUUGGCAGCUUGAUGUUUGCAGGCGGGCUGUUCUGGUAUGGCUGGUCCAGUACUCCUUCUGUGCCUUGGAUCGUACCAACUCUCGGUAUCGGUUGCACCGGUAUUGGCAUCUACAGUAUUUACAUGGCAGUGGUCAAUUACUUGACAGAUGCGUACGAGAAGUACGCUGCAUCAGCUCUGUCCGCCGCAUCUCUGGGAAGGAACUCCUUUGGCGCGUUCCUGCCGCUGGCGAGUUAUGAGCUGUUCCAGAACCUGGGGUACGGCUGGGCCGGGUCAUUGCUGGGGUUCAUCGGGCUAGCACUGUCAGUAGUGCCAGUAGUGCUAGUAUGGAAGGGACCCGAGAUCCGCCGACGCAGUCCGUUCAUGCGCGAAGCGACCUGGGGAGCCGACGAGGAAGAUGUCAUAGAGAAAGAGGGCGACGGAGAAGCGACAGUGUAUCGCGACACACACACAGGGUAUCCCCAACACGAUCGAGAGGAAGACAACCGCGUAUGAUGAAGAGAUAUCACCACAUAUCAUAAAAGCGUUCAUUGCCAGCUUAGCAACCUCAUUAUAUACAAAAAGAAUACAAAAGACUGAAUGACUACUUGCUAUAAUUCUGAUGCCACGUAUAAUCCCUCUCCCCUUCCAACAACCCCCUAACCGCCUCCCUCGGCGUCACCGGCUCCCUCCCCAACACCUCCCCCAUCAACCCAUCCGUAAACCCAGCCUCGCCAUUCUCAAUACUCUCAAACCACCCCACCAGCUGCCGGAAGAACCCCUCCGCUUUGCCCCCG